AUUUGCAGGGCUGCUAGUUGGAAUGUGUGCUGGGUGAGUACCUCACAGAUUAUUUCACUUGGAUUAGCCACAGCUUUACGCAGCGCUUCGAUGAUGUGACUUUCCCUGUUGGUUAUGUAACCCUAGACUCCAUGCCCAGGUGAAUGGAUGUAUUAUUUAUUGCAGCUCUAUGAAACACAGAGUGACCCUGCCUUGGUUCGUCUGUCUGUGAAAUCGAGUGUUGACUAACAAGCCCCGCCCCUCCCUCGCUAAUCCCCCGCCCCCCUGCUUUGUGUUUGCAUGUCUGGCUUUCACAAAGACUGCGGCAGGCUGCAAACCUACCAGCGGCACCAACCUUGUCCUGUAGACUGGAGGCACAGCGAGGGAGGCUCAGCCAGCAGGGGGCACCAACUUCCACCCAGCGAUACCGCGAACCGGCAGAGGACCGCGCAGUUAGAGCCGGACAACAGCAGCGGUGUACCCGGGGACUGUCCUGGGGGCCAGGGAAGCAGCGAUCUGCAGUACGUUAAAAACAACCUGGACGCCGCCCCCUGUGGUCCUGCCAUGGCUUUACCGGAGAAGGACUGCAGCAGAAUCCCGCGCGCUGGCAGAGCCCAUCGCUGCUUCGAUUGCAGGGAAGACGAGGGUGAGGUCCACAGCGGUCGCCGUGGUGACUUCGAGGAAAUGGAUUUCAGCGAUGGGCGGGGUUACAGGGAAAGGCUAGGCUGGCUAAGCGGAGAGCUCAGGGAAGGAGAAGGAGGAGCUACUGGUUACCAUAGAGAUUUUAGAGAAAGAGAGGGAGGGGCCAGCAGCAGUAACCAUAGAGAUUUCGGAGAAAGAGAAGGAGGGGCCAGCAUCAAUAACCAUAGAGAUUUCAGAGAAUGGGAGGGAGUGGCCAGCAGCAGUAACCAUAGAGAUUUCAGAGAAAGAGAGGGAGGGGCCAGCAUCAGUAACCAUAGAGAUUUCAGAGAAAGGGAGGGAGGGGCCAGCAGCAGUAACCGUGCAGAUCACAGGAGAAGAGAAGGUGGGGUUAAGGAGAAUGGGGGUGGGGCUUGUUCCAGUCACCGCGGGGAUGUAAGGGUGGGUGGGGCUGGCUGCAGUCGCCACGGCGAUCGCAGGGAGAGGCGAAGGCAGAGUGAGCGCAGGCGGAGUGAGAAGUUCUCUCCCUCCAGCUCUGAAGAGGAGGAGGAGGAGGGAGGGAACGAGAGGAGGAGGAAGAGGGAGCACAGGCCCCACAGACAACACAGCCUCCCUGCCACACAGCUCUCUCCAGCAGCAUGGGACUGGAGGAAGACCGCAGAGGGAGGGUCCUGCGCUGGAGCGGCGCUCCCUGCUGCUCUGCACGCUGAGGUGGCUCAGCUGGGUUUGCAGGACCGGGAGCAGGUUCUGAGGGAUGCAGAGCUGGCGAGGAGGCUGCAGGAGGAAGAGGAGGAGGAGGAGAGGCUGCUGAGGAAGGGACAGUGGCCCGGGAACGACAUCUCACCCCCGAGGCUGGCGUCGACAGGCAGGCUGCGGGACCAGGCUGAGGAGGAGGACUUUCGAGCAGCCCAGGUGGCACAAGAUGAGGAAAUCGCACGCUUCAUGCAGCGGCAGGAGAUGAAGGCGUCACGUGAUCUGGAGGGUCAAGGGUCACGGAUGGAGCGCAGGGACCUCACAGACUCUUCAGAGAGGAGGCGGAGGAGCCAGAACAGGAAGACUGAGGCGCCCCCUGGUUCUCAUGAGCGGCUGGAUUUAGAGGGUCUGCUGUCACCGAGAGAGGAGGGGUCCCAAGAUCGAAGAGUGUCUCCCACAUACAGGCAGCACCUGCUCCCCAGGAACAUCGCUGAGGAGCUGGAUCCCACUUUCAGGGUGAAACGGCAGGAGAUCACAGCGGAAGAGCCAGCUCUCCCAGCGCCUGCGGCCUCUCGGUUCCCCCCCGCCGCCCCCUGCUGUUUCCACGACUACGCUGACGAGCGAGCCGAGCCCACCUUCAUCCCCCCCACCAAGUGCCAGAGCGAUAAGAUUAGCCGCCUGAAAACCAAAGACAGGAAGGAGGGCUGCAAACAGCAGUGACCCCCUUCCCCCUCUCCCUCUCUCGCGCUGUCCUUCUCUUAACCUCUUCUUGUCUCUUGCUCUGCCUCUUUUUUCCCCGUCUCUCUCUCUCUCACACAAUUCUACCAUUCUCUCAUUAUUCCCAGCGUGGUUCACUUCAUGACAAUGCAGGGGUCACAGACCUGGCUCCUAUCGUACAGCAGAAGCGAUUCCUGCCUUCACUGGGCAGCGUGUGUCACCCUGACGAGUCCCGGGCCAGGCCAGGGUGUGACCCAUGCAGAACUGAACUGCGCUUUCGAAUGGACAAUGAGCUCUGUGUGUGUGUGCGUGGUCCAGGUCACACUGUAUACAUUUUAUAUAUGACACAGCCUGCCUAGCAUAUCAGAAGAGUGUUUUGAAGUUCACAGUGUUGCCAGUAUAGAUACACUGAUCUGUAUUUGUACCAGUAUAUCGUUACCAAUUCCCUGCAGCAGGGCAGUGUAGAGCUGGGGCCACGCAGGAUUGCAUCCAGUGUAGAUUUUUGAGUGCAGCGCAGGGUUACAAUGUAUUGGGUGUUUUAUUUACAGUUUGGAGGGCCCUGGUUGGUUAAUUCCUUGCUUUGGUGUGUUUUGUUUUAAAUAAAAGCCUUGAAUGAACGGGGCGGGGGAGCCCUUGGUUCCAGCUGGAGUUUCCGCAGUUGGAAUUAAAGCGAUCCCCUGAAUCUUACCUGUUCUGCACCUCCGUGAGCUACGAGGAAGUGCGACGCUGUCUGAAAGCAUGACUUGCAAACCCAGAUUUCUUUAACUCACUGCAGUACCAGGUGACGUGUUUGUAAAAUAAAAUUUAAAGUGUUUCUUUCAAAAACCACGCGUUUGAGACCUAGCGAAGAGGCGGAGUUGCACGACAGGUAAGAUUAACCCUCUGUAUGCCUCUAGAUGAGCCAGCAGCUGCGUGAUGACACUCAUAUUAUUUUAGAAAUUUGUAUUGCUGU